AUGUUUGGAAUCAAUUAUAGAGUAAGGAAUAAAUUAGGACCCUUCUACUGGGUAUUCAUUGGUAUUGUUAUAGUUAUUUUAUGGGGACUCCUUAUUUGGUUAUACGGUAUGUCCAUGCUGACUCCAUGGGGACUAAUAUAUGGCCUAUUAAAGAAUAUUAUUUUCCAUCAAUCAAAUAAACGAUAUGUUCCAAAUUUUAAUAAUAUUCCUGGUGUAGAAUUUUAUGAUUUAAGUAACUAUGUUGGUCAUGCAAAUGGUUGGCAACGUAAAGAUAGAAUACUGUUUUGUGUUCCACUAAGAGAUGCAGCUGAACAUUUACCAAGAUUUUUUAAACAUUUAAGUGAAAUGACAUAUCCACACAAUCUUAUUGAUCUAUCAUUUUUAGUAUCAGAUUCAAGUGAUGACACCAUGAAUGUUCUUUUAACACAUUUACAACAAAUACAAUCACAAGAGAAUAAAUUUUUAAGAUUCGGUAAUAUUGAAAUUUUUGAAAAAGAUUUUGGUCAAAUUAUAGGUCAAUCAUUUAGUGAUAGACACGGGUUUGCCGCACAAGGGCCUCGUCGUAAAUUGAUGGCAAGAGCACGUAAUUGGUUGGGUUCUGUUGCUAUCAAACCUUAUCACUCUUGGGUUUACUGGAGGGAUGUAGACGUGGAAACUAUUCCGAAAACUAUUAUGGAGGAUUUGAUGCAUCAUGAUAAAGAUAUUAUAGUCCCUAAUGUUUGGAGACCCUUACCAGAUUGGUUAGGAAAUAUUCAACCAUAUGACUUAAAUUCAUGGCAAGAAUCUGAUGCGGGUUUAGAACUGGCAGAUGUCUUGGAUGAAGAUGCAGUGAUCGUGGAAGGUUAUCCAGAGUUUGCCACUUGGAGACCACAUUUGGCUUAUAUGAGAGACCCUAAUGGCGAUCCUGAAGUGGAAAUGCAUCUUGAUGGAAUUGGUGGUGUUUCUAUUUUGUCAAAGGCUAAGGUAUUUAGAAGUGGAUCACACUUCCCAGCAUUUUCUUUUGAAAAACAUGCGGAAACAGAAGCCUUUGGCAAAUUGUCAAGAAGAAUGGGAUAUGAUGUUGUAGGAUUACCCCAUUAUGUGAUCUGGCAUAUCUAUGAACCUUCAACAGAAGAUUUGAAACAUAUGGCAUGGAUGGCUGAAGAAGAAAAGAGAAAAAUACAAGAAAAUAAGAUUAAAGAAUUCUAUGACCGUAUUUGGGACAUUGGGUUUGAAGACAUGAGAGAUGAAUGGGAACAAGAACGUGAUUCCAUAUUAUUGAACAUAGAUUAUACAGUCUUAGGCAAUAAUCAUCGAGAUAAGAUUGUGGUUGAUUGGUCUGACAAUGGUGACGAUAGUGAUGUGGUUGAAACAGAGGUCAGUGAUGAACAGCAGCCACACAUUCCGGCGGAUUUUGAUCCAAACAAAAAUUGA